ACUAAUACCAGGAAGAAACUGAACAAUAGUAAGGAAUGUGAAGCUGUUUUUCACAGUGGAAAAAGUCAUCAUCAGAGCUGGGGAGAAGGCAAGAUAGUCUCCAGCCACACAGAUAUACUUGUUCAGGAUGGGCAAGUCCUCAACUAGUGAAGGGUUUUGUAAGUUCAAUACAUGUGAGAAAGCCAGCACCCAAAGAAAUAGCCUCAUUCAGCGUCAAAAAGGUCAUGCUAGAGAAAGGUGUUAUGAAUACAGCCAUUGUGGAAAAUUAUUUAGCCACAAAUCCCGUUUCCUUACACAUCAGAGAUUUAACUGUGGAGGGAUGCUUUAUGACUGCAGUGAAUGUGGAAAAUCCUUUAGCCAAAGGAAAUACCUCAUUGCCCAAAGAAGAGUCCACACUGGAGAAAAGCCUUAUGAGUGCAAGGAAUGUAAUAAAUCCUUCAUUCAAAAGUGGAACUUAAUGGAACAUCAGAGAAUUCACACUGGAGAAAAGCCAUAUCAGUGCAACCAAUGUGGAAAAUUUUUUGCCCGCAAAUCCAAUUUCCUUGCACAUGAAAGACUUCACACUGGAGAAAACCCUUACGAGUGCAGCAAAUGUGGGAAAGCUCUUACUACUAGCUCUGGUCUCUAUUAUCAUCUGAGAGUUCACACUGGAGAAAGGCCUUAUGAGUGCAGUGAAUGUGGAAAGUCAUUCACUACUUGGUCCAUCCUUUCUAAUCAUCAGAGAAUCCACAGUGGAGAAAGACCUUUUGAGUGCAGUUCCUGUGGGAAGUUCUUUAGCCGUAAUGAACAACUAAGUGCACAUAUGAAUGUUCACACUGGAGAAAAGCCUUAUGAGUGCAAUAAAUGUGGGAAAUCUUUUACAAGUAGGUCAAACCUUUGUAAUCAUUGGAGAGUUCACAAUGAAGUAAGGGAUUUUGAAUGCAGUGAAUGUGGGGAAUUCUUUCUCCAAAAGGCACAUCUCAAUGCCCAUCAGAAGUUUCAUGCUGGAGAACAGGCUUAUGAGUGUAAUAAAUGUGAGAAAUCUUUAACUGCUAGGCUGAACCACCAGUGUCCCCAGAGAGUUGACACUGGAGAAAGGCCUUUUGAUUGCAGUGAAUGUGGAAAAUGUUUUACUAGUAGCUCGAGCCUUCUUCGUCAUCAGAGAGUUCACAGUGGAGAAAGGCCUUAUGAAUGCAAUGAAUGUGGGAAAUCUUUUAUUGCUAGGUUGAGCCUUUGUGAUCAUCAGAGAGUUCACACUGGAGAAAGGCCUUAUAUGUGCAGUGAAUGUGGAAAAUGUUUUACUAGUAGUUCGAGCCUUCUUCGUCAUCAGAGAGUUCACAGCAGAGAAAGGCCUUAUGAGUGCAGUGAAUGUGGGAAAUCUUUUGUUGCUAUGAGUGGCCUCUGGUAUCAUCAGAGAGUUCACAGUGGAGAAAAACCUUAUGAGUGCAGUGAAUGUGGGAAAAAUUUUACUGCUAGGUCGACCCUUCGUGAUCAUCAAAGAGUUCACACUGGAGAAAGGCCUUAUGAGUGCAGUGAAUGUGGGAAGCAUUUUAUUAGUUGCUCGAGCCUUCUUUGUCAUCACCGAGUUCACACUUAAGAAAGGCCUUAUAACUGCAGUGAAUGUGGCCAGUCUUUUACUAGUCAAACCAGUCUCUAUGGUCAUCACAGACUUCAUACUGGAGAAAGGCCUUUUGCGUGCAGUGAAUGUGGGAAAGCCUUUAAGCAAAGACAGCUCCUCUGCACACAUUGGAAAAUCCACCCUGGAGAAAAGCCUUAUGAGUGCAAGGAAUGUGGUAAAUCUUUCACCUGAAGUUGCUGCUUGAUUAAACAUCAGCAAGGUCACACUGAAGGAAGGGCUUUAUAAAUAUUGCAAGUAUGGCUGGCAAUGAUGUCAAAGAAGUUUGAGGUGGUGACAGAGUGGGCAGAACCUAUGAAGCAAAUGGACCCUUUCUAGAGCAGAAACUGAGGCACAGAGAUGCCGUGUCAUCUGUUUUAUGAUCCCUGUUGAAGGGAUAAGGAUCUGAGAUUGAAUGCCACAUUGCCAGGCAUUUGGAGAAUCUGGUGACUUCACUCCUCCCCUGCUCUACGCCCACCAGGUUUGAGGACUGAAAGAACACCUUGUCCAUCCUGACACUUCUGCUCCCUCUGCCCGCACCCCAUGAGCCGUGCUUACAUCCUAACCCAUGCUGAUGGUCAGGAUUAUCUUUUCUCUGAGAACCAACAUUGAUGACUUUGCUGUGGAUGACUCCAUUCAUCUACCCAGCCAAACCAAUGCUGUGAUUUCAUCCCUAUCAUUACCAUUUUAGAAAGAAGGGCUGUCCAACUCAGAGAGUUAGAAGGACUUCCAGAGUAGCUCACUACUGCCAGACCUUUCAUGAGAGUGGUUACACUGCACGUGUCCACUGGCUUUUCUUUUGCCCCUCAGAGCAGGGACUCCAGUUCCUGUAUCCUGACCGUGAGCUGUGCACACUGACAGCUCCAUCACCACAAGGGGAUCCAGCCUCAUUUCCCUGUGUGCACAUCUCCCACUAACACCCUUCCCCUUGGGAAGUUCUUUAUAGAACAACAGCACCAAGCUGGGGACUCUGGACUGACUCAUUGGCAUUUCUCCAGGUUUGACACUGGCCUCACCACUCUGCAGUGAUUGGUUUGCCAAGUCUUGUUCAUCUUCUUUACAUACCCACCUCAAGAUGUCCCUGUUCCCCUGUUAUGUGGUUGACCUGCUCACUGUUUUGGGCCGUGUGAGGGACACUGAAGGCCUGCAAAUGUCCAGUGUGGCCCUCACGUGGUGUAGUCUCUAAAGCUCUUCUUCCUUUACCCCUUUACUCAUCUCCUCACUUUUCCUCCUACCCCUCCAGAAAAAUGUUGCUUAGUAAAAUAAUGAUUAUUAGUAUGAAUUUGUCCUCACUUUCUGAGACCCACACUUGAUCAACCUAGCUUUAAAACUAAUAGGAAUGCAAGGUGGCCCCUCCCAUGAAGACCAAAACCUCUGUAUUAAAAAAUCAUUAUGAUUUUAAUUACAUUUUUCUCAGAUUAUUUAUUUACUUAACUGUGCCAUGUGGCAUGUGGGAUCUUAGUUCCCCCAAGCAGCGAUCUAAACCAUGUCCUGUGAUGUGGACAUGGGGAAUCCUAGCCACUGGACUGCUGGUGAUUCUCUUUCUCAGGAUUCUUGAUGUUAAAUUUUUGUUUUUCAUGUGUCUGUUUUUUACCUGUGUGUCUUGUUUUGUUAGAUUUCUAUUCGUACUUUUGCCAACUUCUGUUUUGUGAGAUUAGGCUAUUUUCUCUUAUUUUGACAUUAGGAAAGCAAGGAGAUAACAAAGACAUGUUAGAUUUCACUCAUUCAUGAAUGUGAGUGACUUUUUUUUCCUGCAUGGAAUUGUAAUUCGGAAUGCUAAGUUUGUGUUCUCAAUUUUUAUACAAUACAUAAUGUAAUGGGCACAUACAUUAUACAUGUUUUUGAUAAGUCUGCUUUAUUAAUAUAUGUUACCUUCAGAUGUAAUUACACAGUAAAUCAAUCCCUGUUUUGUAGUGUUUGCCAAUUUCCCUGGUGAAAAUAUUUACACCAUUACCAGUGUCAAAUUGAGAACAUAAUGUCGCUGAAGUGGAGUUGGGAAGCAUUGCUUAUAACCCACCAUUGAAUUCUUUUUCCCCCUUACAAGCCCAGUAGCUGCAAAAUGUUUUAGGAAUGUACCUAGUAAACCAUAGUACAGUGAUUAUGAAUAGAUUUUUCUAAUUUGUUUGAAAAAUCAUUUACUGGUUGUAUAGUUGACUUUGUGUAUGUACAUUUAAACAUUUUUGUGUACAUCCUUAAAAUCAGUUUCCUUCUGCCAUUUUAAAUUCAUCUUCAACAUUAUAAUUACUGAUACAAGGGCCUAGUCUACUUUAGUAAUAACUAUUUUCAAAUAUAUAUAUAAAUGAAAUGACUGUGUUGGACCCUUCCUGU